GGUAAGACAGCAUGAACCGUAUUGACUAAGCAUCGUCACUCCUUGAUUUUGCUAAUGUUUGGUUUUGUACCAUGCAGGUUGGACAGGAGAAGGCAGCGGAAGAUAAAGGACUGGGACAAGCAUCAUGCUUCGUAUGUUACCCGCUUCCAGCUUUGUGUGGAGGAAGCUCGUAGCAGUGCACGCGCCAAGCUUCGUGAGCAUUUUCCACUUGCUUUUGAUAACUACAUACGAUGGCUUCUUGAAAAUACUCGAGUUGAGAUAUGCCCGCCGGCAUAUAAUGAGGAUAUUCUUGAAGAACCCGUAAACUUUGAGGAUCUAUCAAAGGGGAAGUACAACAGAGAUGUCAGGGUAGGGCACGGAGUCCCUGCUGUUCCGGUGAUUAACUAUGUGCGCACCGAGAUCAAGAAAGCAGCUGAUGAGAGCCAGUCUAUUCUGGAGGAAACACCGGUUGGAAAAGGCAAUGAUGAUGGUCCACUACGAGCAUUCCUCAAGCGUCAGGCCAGGAAGUUAAGGCGGUUAUCGAAUCUUCUCGGUUGCCGUGAUCCCGAAAUUGAUGAACCAUCUGCCUCUAGGUCUGGUACACCAUCAGACCCCUCAUCUCACCAUCAGAGGGACGAUGUGAGUUCCUCAUAUGCUUAUCAGGAUGAUGAGGGUGCGGUCACCCAAGAGGUAUGACUAAUCCUUUAGAUGUGAUUCUCACUUGAUUACGACGUCGGUCUUCACCAUA